CACAUCCAGCACAUCAGCAACCACCGCAUCCCCAACAUCAGCAGCAUGGUCCACCCCAUCCUUCGCAAAUGUCAUCGCAUCAAUUUAAUUCCAAUUUGCUAAAUCACGCUAUGAACAAUCCGGCCGCUGCGGCAGCUGCAGCUGCAGCUAUUGCGGCCGGUAUGCCGCACAUGCAAUUGCCACCAGCUAUGCAGAGUGGCAAUAUUUAUGAUCAUCCCGGCGUUCAUCCGGGUGUAGGAAUGAAUGGAGUAGGUGUUCCAAAACCGCCCCAACCUGGACAACCAGGUCCCGGCGAAUUGGUAUAUUUAGGCGGACAACCCCAUGCAGCGGCUGCAGCCGCUUUGGGCAUGAUGCCACAAAAUCAAUUUCUAAGUAAUCAAGCAGCUGCCGCAGCUGCGGCUGCUAAUCGCAAUGCUGCAGCGAUUACUACAUCCACUGCCAAAAAGCUAUGGGAGAAAUCCGAUGGCAAAGGUGCCUCUACCGGUGGCCCCUUAAAUCCCUUACAUAUUGGGGAUCCACACGUUUGGAAAGAUUCACCAUGGUCGACGCAAGGAGAAACUAUAUUACCCAGGCCACGUACUUUUCCCCAGGCACCAGAUACAACAGUGAGCGCAAAUGCCGGAAUAUUAAGUCCUCGCGAUUCGACAAGUGGUCUGGGAGUUAAAAUGGUUGAAUACGUUUUAGGAGGAUCGCCGACAAAUAAAGACAGUCCUUUGUCAGGCUUGGAACCACGACUGAGAAGCUUAAAAUUCGAUGAUAGUGAUAAGUCACACGAUGAUAAAGAGAAGGGGAAUUCACCAUUUGAUUCAAAUGGCUUAAAGAAGGAUGAUCAAGUCACCGGAACAAAUGGUGUUGUCAACGGUAUCGAUGAUGAUAAAGGAUUCAACCGUACACCGGGUUCGCGUCAACCUUCACCAGCUGAAGAAUCUCUACCACGACCACCCACUUUACUUGAUCCUACGCAACAUGGUGUCUUUCCACCACAUCAUCCCUUUAAUCAUAUGUUGGGCGGCGGUGGGGGUGGUGGCAGUUCUGGCAUGGAUCAUAGUGGCAGUGUGCCCGGCAGUAAUGGCCCAGGUGCUCCUGGCAAUCAAAUGAACUCAGGAUUUCCACAUCAAAUGCCGCAAAUGAAUCAAUUACAACCACCGGUAAUGAAUGGUGUUGGCGGAAUGCAAAUGGCGCAGAGUCCUAUGCUUAAUCAUCAAAGUCAGGGCCCGAAUCAAAUCGAAUCUCCAGGAAAUUUACUGCAGCAACAACCACCAAAUUUUGAUGUACAGGUAAGUGACGAUAUACUUGCAAAUGCCUUAAAUCAAAAUCAACAAUUAUUUCGCUCGCAAAAUCCCGGUCUUGCUGCUGCUGCCACAAAUGCUGCUGCUGCUGCUGCAGCGGCUGCAGCUGCCACAUCGGCUGCUCCGCCCGGAGCACCGAAUGGUACAAUGCAGCCACAACAAAUGCAAAUGGCCGCAGCCUCUCAGCAGUUUUUGGCGGCUCAGCAAAACGCCGCUUACGCCGCUCAGCAAGCAGCUCCUUACGUGAUUAAUCCGGGACAAGAUGCAGCACCUUAUAUGGGUUUGAUAGCCGCACAAAUGCCCCAAUACUAUGGUGUAGCACCGUGGGGCAUGUAUCCGGGUAACUUAAUACCACAACAAGGUACACAACCCAGAAGGCCACUAACGCCCUCACAACAAGGAGCGGAAAAUCAAUCUUAUCAGGUUAUACCGGCAUUUUUUGAUCAAAGCGGUUCGCUUGUUAUGGGACCACGUACAGGAACACCAAUGCGUUUGGUUAGCCCAGCACCAGUCUUGGUACCACCUGGAGCGACACGCGCUGGCCCACCACCGCAAGGUCCGCCCCAAUUAUAUCCCCCUCAACCUCAAACUGCACAACAAAAUUUAUAUUCACAACAAAAUGGUUCAAGUAUUGGAGGUCUGGCCUUAAAUACAUCAUCGUUGACCGGACGUCGUGAUUCCUUUGAUCGCAACACAUCUGCCUUUAGUCCCUCUGCCAUGGAUUAUACCAACAGUAGUGCAGCUGCAGCAAGUAACGCGGUAUCGACAACAGUGGCUCAAGCAGCUGCUGCAGCAGCCGCAGCUGCUGCCGCUCGUAAAUGGCCAGGAGCCGUUACCAACACUUAUGGUACAUUAGGAGCCACGGCAUCAGCGAGUCCAAUUGGAGCUGCCAUUACUCCGCCACCUCCACCACAAUCGUGCCUAAUGACCAAUCGUGCACCUGGUGCCGAGACAAAAUAUCGUCAACAAAUGGCUGUUGGAUUACCGCCAGCUGCUGCUGCUGCUCAAGCUGCGGCUGUAGCGGCUGCUGCCAAUAAUAUGUUCGGUUCAAACAGUUCAUUGUUCUCCAAACAUUUAGCUAUACCGGGCGCUACACCCGCUGCUGCUGCUGCAGCUGCUGCCGCGGCCGCUGCUGCUGCUGUCUCUUCUCGUCAAGCAGCAGCUGCUGGGGUCGCAGCUGUGGCAGCUGCAGCCGCCGCUGCUGGCGGUGCUCCGCAACCAGGGCGUUCACGUUUGCUGGAAGAUUUCCGCAAUCAACGCUACCCUAACUUACAGUUGCGUGACUUAGCCAAUCACAUUGUCGAAUUCUCGCAAGACCAGCACGGUUCACGUUUCAUACAACAAAAAUUGGAACGGGCUACAGCAGCCGAAAAACAAAUGGUCUUCAAUGAAAUUUUAGGUGCUGCCUACAGUCUUAUGACCGACGUUUUUGGUAAUUAUGUUAUACAAAAGUUCUUCGAGUUCGGUACACCCGAACAAAAGAACACAUUAGGCAUGCAGGUCAAAGGUCAUGUACUGCAAUUGGCUCUGCAAAUGUACGGUUGUCGCGUUAUACAAAAAGCAUUGGAAAGCAUCUCAUCUGAGCAACAACAGGAAAUCGUACGUGAACUGGAUGGUAAUGUACUGAAAUGCGUCAAGGAUCAGAAUGGUAAUCAUGUGGUGCAAAAAUGUAUAGAAUGUGUUGAUCCUUCAGCCUUGCAAUUCAUAAUUAAUGCUUUCAAGGGUCAAGUGUAUGCUUUAAGCACUCAUCCAUAUGGAUGCCGUGUCAUUCAACGUAUACUAGAGCAUUGUACAGCAGAGCAAACGCAACCCAUACUGGAAGAACUGCACGAACACACUGAACAAUUAAUACAAGAUCAAUACGGCAAUUAUGUUAUACAACAUGUAUUGGAGCAUGGCAAACCGGAAGAUAAAUCCAUUUUGAUAAAUAGUGUACGAGGCAAAGUGUUGGCAUUAUCUCAGCAUAAAUUCGCUUCAAAUGUAGUCGAAAAAUGUGUUACUCAUGCUACCAGAGCUGAACGUACCGCUCUAAUUGAUGAAGUUUGCACCUUUGUUGAUACUGCCUUACAUGUUAUGAUGAAGGAUCAAUACGCCAACUAUGUUGUACAAAAAAUGAUUGAUGUGUCGGAACCGACACAAUUGAAAAAGUUAAUGAACAAAAUCAAGCCUCAUAUGGCGGCUUUACGCAAGUACACCUAUGGGAAGCACAUUAAUGCCAAAUUGGAGAAAUAUUUCAUGAAGACCGCUAAUCCGAUAACUAAUUCGAAUGUAACAACUGGUGCAGCGAUGACUAGCGGGGCUGCUGCGAUAACCACAGCUUUGGCUAAUUCAAUAACAACAACGUCGAUUAUUACAACAGUAGGGCUAACAGGGCCGACAAAUACUACAACUAUUACUGUGGCCGGGCCAAAUAUCACCAAUAACAAUAAUAAUAAUAAUAACAGCAGUAAUAAUCAGCAACAGGUACUCGAGAAUGGUAUUGCGUCAGCUGUUUCUGCGGGCCAAUCAAUAGUGGCCAACAAUGCAACAGCUCUCGCAGUAGUGAAUAGUAACAACAACAGCAAUAGUAAUAAUAUCUCAGCUGCAGCAGCAAUGGUUAACGCAAAUCUUAACAAUAGUCUAGGACCCAUUGGAACACCGGCUCCUACCAGCAGUAGCACUCUUAACGGUGUUAUAAAAGAAUACACACCUACAAACAAUUCCUAUAUUUAUAUAAAAAGCAAGCUUCUUAGCUUGGCAACGUAAAGGAGCUCUCGAAGGCAGUCAAGGGCCUUUUCAUUUUACUUUAUAUAUAAAGUGAUAAAGAUGAUGAUGAUGAUGAUGAGUGAUGAAUGAUGAUGAAGAUGUGUGAAAACCAUUAAACGCAUGUUACAAAAUCCUUUCAAGAUCAUUAUAAGUAACUCUUUCCGAUUUUACUUAUAUUCGCUUAUAUAUAUAUAUAUAUAUAUAUAUAUAUAUGUUUGCUUGUUUUCGUUAAGACUAAAAUCAUCUAGAAAUUGUUUGAUAAUUUUUAGUUUCAUUUUAAUGUAAUUAUAUGUAUGUAUGUAUGUAUUUUACAGUCACGGCAAGACGACGUUUAGUUUGUAAUAAAAAAAAAAUAUUUUUUUAUGUGUAAUUUUCACUUUUAAACAGAAAAAACCAUUUCAUUAGGAAAGAAAAAAUAACGAAAAGCGAAAAAUAAUAUAAGAAAAUAAGAGUAAUAUGUUUUUAUUUCUUUGUUCGUUUUUCGGAAAAUAUUGUAACAUUAAAAAGCUAUCAUCUAACAGCAGCAACAACAACAAUCGUUGUCAAGUCUUUCGUAUAAGAAAAUCUUAAGGAAUCCAAAUGUUUGUUACUUUGGUAUUAAGAAUAUGAAAAAAAAA